UUAUUAUAUAAUUUCCAUUUCUUAACAUUAAAAAAAAAAUUAUAAUCGCAAGCUGCCCAGUGAAGGGCUUCUCUUGUGCACGAAAUUAUUCGACGAUCAAAUUGUUUUAAACAAACUUAUCUAAUCCGGAUCCACUUGAAAAAAUUAUUCAUUCUUGGCCACUCAUCAACCUGUUGAUGAUUUCCUAUUUUUUUCUCGUUAUCUUUUCUUUUCUUGCUUGCUUUUAUUUUCUGAUCAUUUAACUUGUUGUUGGCCAAUGGUUUUUUUCUCUUCUCUUUUUUCUUUUGCUAAAAAUAUUUUUUUUUUCAUAUCAAGAGACUUUUAAAAAAGGUUUUCUGUUCCAAGAUUUAUUUUUACUUGAUUCGAGAAUGACAACUGAAGAAGAACAGGAACAAUCAACAGCGACUACAAAUACGACUACUGAACAAUGUCAAUCAUUGACGGCUAAUACUACAACUACAACUACUGAACAAUGCCAAAAUGAUGAUUUGGAAAUUCAACAACAACAACAGCCACAAUCAAAGCAGCCAAAAUCUUUGCAAUUAGAACAGAAACAAGAACAACAAUCGGAAACGGAAGAAGAGAAACUUGAAGAUGCUGAAUGGUAUUGGGGUAAAAUUAGCCGUGAAGAAGUUAAUGAAAAAUUACGUAAUCGUCCAGAUGGAACAUAUCUAGUACGUGAUUCGAUAUCGAAAAUUUUUGGUGAAUAUACAUUAACAUUACGGAAAAAUAAUUGUAACAAAUUGAUCAAAAUAACCAGCCGUGAUGGUUUGUUUGGUUUUUCCGAACCAUUUGUAUUCAAAUCGGUUAUUGAAUUAAUCAAUUAUUACAAGACUGAAUCAUUGGCCAAAUAUAAUCCAUCAUUGGAUGUAAAAUUAUUGUAUCCUGUAUCACGAUUCUAUCAGCCGGAUAUUGAAGGCAUUGAAAUUAAUGAUAUGGAAAAAGUGAAAGCACGUCUAGCUGAAGUACGAAAAGAAUUGAAUUCAAAAAACAGUCAAUAUGAUCAAUUGAGUGAAGAUUAUGAUAAGAAUAAUAAAUGCAUACAACGACAACGGCAAGCAAUACGUUCAUAUCAAUUGAUCAUGGGUUUCAUACAGGAUCAUAUUAAUCUUAAUAAUAAACUACAAGUCCAGGCUUUGCCACAUGAAGCAAAUCUAAUGCAAGAACAAAAACUUAAAUUACAAACACGGUUGAAUUUUUUCACUAAAAGUAUCGGUGAUCUGGAGAAUGAUCUUAAAUUAAUGAUUGCCUAUAAUCGUCUAUUGGAUCGUGAACGUAAUUCCAUUAAACCAACAUUACAAUUUCUUGGCCGACAACAUAAUAUUUUGCAAAAAAUUGUUGAACAAAAUACUGAUGAAAUUGAUUUACAACCACAUAAAAUCGAAACAACAUGGCUAAUAAAUGAAUGUAAACGUAAUGAAGCUGAACAAUUGUUGAAGAAUAAAAAAGAUGGUACAUUCCUAAUACGACAAAGUAGACAACAAAUGGGCAAAUAUGCCCUGUCUAUUGUUAGUGAUGGAAAUAUCUAUCAUUGUCUGAUAUCACAAACGGAUCGUGGUUAUGGUUUUUCUGAACCAUAUGAUAUUUUUCCAGAUCUAAUGAGUCUUGUAUUGCAUUAUUCGAAGACAUCAUUGGAAGAACAUAAUGAUAAUCUACAUACAACACUUCGUUAUCCAAUAUUUGCACAUUCAUUUCAUCAUUAUCAUUACUAUUAUAAUAACAAUAAUAACGGUAAAAAUGAUGAUAAUUGAUUCAGCAACAAAAAACAAACUCGAAACGAAACCGGAAAAUUCAUCUAGUCUAUAUUUUUUCCCAAAUAUCUCAUUUCACUAUAUUCUAUA